GGGAAAAGGUCCACUUUGGAUCAAAUUUGAUCUAGGUUUUUCAAAGUUAUAUUUAAAAGAAGUUACAUGCUAUGAUGUCAGAUUUGCAAAGUGCUCUUUUCUAAGAAGAAGAAGAAGAGGACCAGAAAGAAUGAGUGCAAUAACAGUUCUGUGGAAAAAACUGUCUGCUUUCAUAUUUUUCUUUAUAAACAUUGGAAAGAGACUGUUAUGUUUUCUAAAAAUUAGGCGACGGAAAAAUUCUGGGAAUCUUCUGCCUCUAGCCAAUCACUAUCCAUCGCCACCAGAUGUCACUCAUGCUGUGCCAGGAAAUGAGGCUGACUUGGAGAUGGAGGCCUGGGACUCCUGGGGAGUAGAAAACACCAACACCAGUGCAAAUAAAAACCAAACAAGUAACUAUAGUAACAGUAACCAUGCAGGUUACUAUGGAAACCGUAACCAGCCUGAGCCAGAACCNUUUAAUUUAUUAUAUGACCGAUAA